GCGCGCACAGUCAGCGGCCGCGCGCAACACGCUGAGGGCGGGGAUGGCGGCGGCAGGAAGCGGGACGCCCCGGGAGGAGGAGGGGUCCGGUGGGGAGGCAGUAACCCUGCAGCCCCAGGCCCCGACGAGUGCGCCCGGGGCUCGUCUCUCGAGGCUGCCUCUGGCGCGAGUGAAGGCCUUGGUGAAGGCGGACCCCGACGUGACGCUAGCGGGACAGGAAGCCAUCUUCAUUCUGGCACGAGCCGCGGAACUGUUUGUGGAGACCAUUGCAAAAGAUGCCUACUGCUGUGCUCAACAAGGAAAGAGGAAAACCCUCCAGAGGAGAGAUUUAGAUAAUGCAAUAGAAGCUGUGGAUGAAUUUGCUUUUCUGGAAGGUACUUUGGAUUGAUGGCUGAGCUGGAUAGUUUUGUGAGCCUUCACCUGUAUCCUUCAGUUCACCCCUCUUCACAUGCCUCAGCCUUGAAGAACAGAGUUUUUGCACUCAUAUACACUCUUCCUGUUCUACCUUCACUUAAGCUGGGAUAAGCAGUGAUCUCAUCUCUUAGCUUUUCACUACAAGGUCUUCCACUACUUCUUUCUGUCUUCCACUUAAGGCCUGGGUGCAGCAGCUGCUGGUUGGGGCAGAGAUGAAGAAAAUGUUCUGUAUAGAUAGCUUAAUGAAUGACGAGGACCAGAAUAAAGGUGUUUGAUCAACUUCA